UUUGGCCUUCUCAGCAUAGGACGAGAUUUUCAUAUUUUUUCCGGUCUUGCCACAAUGUAAAGUGAUCUAUGUUAUGAUUUUACCUCUUGUUGCAGAGUAAGAUUCAUUUACCUAAUUACAAAUAUAAAGUUACAUAAGGUACACCUUUUGCAACGCGUGAGCAAAGUCAUUGAGCAGUUCACUCCCCUCCAGCAUAUCAGGACGCAGCCGCUGGAGUCUGGAGAUGCCCUCCGAGUGAAAGAAUGGCUGAGGACAAAGUGGAGCUUCACAACAUGGAGAAAGCUCUGAUGGAUAAGACGGGACAGCAUGAUGCGAGACAGCCGAAGCUGUUUGAGCGGCUCUUUCAGCCGUGUGUGGCUGAGCUGGUGGGGACCGCUUUCUUCGUGUUCAUCGGAUGUGUCUGCAUUGAAAACGUGGCGGACGCCGGCAGACUCCAGCCUGCUCUGGCUCACGGACUCGCGGUGGCGGUGCUGGUCGCAUGUAUGGCAGAGAUCAGUGGUUCACAUUUCAAUCCAGCAUUCACCAUAGCCGUCUUCCUCUGUGGUGGAAUGGAGCUGAAAAUGGUGGCGCCGUACCUGAUCUCCCAGCUGUCUGGAGGUUUACUUGGUGCAGUCAUGGCCAACGGAAUGACCUCAAAUGAGAAAUAUGCACAAGCUCAAGGUGCGGCAUUUACGGUUCUCCAGGCUGAUGACCUUAUUAUGAAGGCAUUAUUUGGAGAAAUUGCCAUGACGUGUCUAGUUACCAUGGUGGUCUUACUGGGUGCAGUUAAUGCCAAGAGCAAAAGUCCUUUGGUUCCCUUUUUGGUGGGCUGCACAGUCAUUAUUAAUAUACUGGCGGGCGGUGACGUGUCUGGUACAUGCUUGAAUCCUGCAAGAGCGCUGGGUCCUGCAGUGCUGACCAACUACUGGACUCACCACUGGGUUUACUGGGUGGGACCCAUUACUGGUGGCCUUAUCGCUGCUGCAUUAGUCAGAAUUUUGCUUGGAGACAACAACACCCGUCUACUGAUGAAGUAACAAUUCCAAACAGAUUUUCAACGUUUAUUUUCUUAAUUCUCUGUCUUCUUUUAAGUGCACAAAAAUUGAACUUGUUCUAAACUAUAUUAAAUGAUUUGCCCAUCAUUUAUAUUUCAUUGCCAGCUAUAUAACUUAAAUAAGAAGUUUAAGAUAGAAAUUUGUAAAUCCUGCUAUGUGAAGCCAGGGGCAAGUUGCAUAAACUGUUUAGACUAGUCUUAUAAAGUUAGUCAUCUAAUUUUUUUUCUUCAAGACUGGUCAUAAUUUUUUUAAUUCAGUGAUGAAAAGGUAGAUUGGUCUUAUUUGUAUUGGAAAAGUAAGAUUGAUUACCCCUUGCCAACUGCUAGUUGGUCAAACUAGUUCUUGAGACACAGUCUUAACAUGGUGGCUAAGUUUAUGCAACUAGCCCCUGGAAAGGGUUAAGGCUAGAAGGGAUGCAGCAAAAACUAUACUGUCAAUAUACUGUCAUUUUUCUCACACUUACUGUUUUUGCAUUAUUGUAAGGGGUGGGUUUAGGGUCGGGGUGUUUUUGCUGCAUCCCUUUAUA